UCAAACCAAAGAUUGGUAGUUUGUUGCAGCGUGUUGUCAAAGAUACUGUUAGUGUUACUAUAACCCAAAUGUGUUUUCAAUCAUAUAUGUCAAGAUGCAAGAAGUAGUAGCGCCCGUUCAUAAUGUCAAGUUUGAUCUCGAAAUUUCGCUGGAACAACAGUUGGGGGCACAGCCAUUACCGUUUCCCGGAAUGGACAGUGCUUGCAGUAACAAGGAGUGUCCGUUUCUGCACAUAGACCCCGAAUCGAAGAUCAAAGAUUGUCCGUGGUACGACCGCGGCUUCUGUCGACAUGGUAUUCCUGGGAAUGCUGCGCAGGUAUUCCUGGGAAUACUGCACUGGGAUUCCUGGGAAUACUGCACCGGAAUUCCUGGGAAUACUGCACCGGUAUUCCUGGGAAUGCUGCACCGGUAUUCCUGGGAAUGCUGCACCGGUAUUCCUGGGAAUACUGCACCGGGAUUCCUGGGAAUACUGCACCGGGAUUCCUGGGAAUACUGCACCGGUAUUCUUGGGAAUAUUGCACCAGUAUUCAAUGUCGCUGUCAUUCCUUCCAGUCCCUGCUUCGACAUUCCCCUCCCGGAUCCGAAGGAACUACAGAAGAAGCAGUUCAUCGUGUGUCACUCCUGCGGUGAGGCCGGACACAAGUCCACCUGGUGUCCGAAGGCGACAGCGGCGGCGACGGCGGGAGCAGACGCCAGCGGCCAGAUGAAGCCUGGCGGUCCGGGCAACGCCGUCAUGACCGCAGCCGAUCAGCCGCGGCCCCCGGCCGGAUACCAACCCGGCGCGUUUCGGUUCCACCAGCCGCGAGGGUUCGGCAUGCGGCACAUGCGGCCGCGGUUCCCGAAGAUCUACCGGAACCUCGAGGAGGUCACCUGCUACAAGGUACGCCCUCCCUCGCCACCGCCGCUUUUUCUCGCCGCACUCUUGUUCUCGUCCCCCCGCCGCGUCCAGGUGAAUAGGUUUGACCUCGUCUAGAGUGAUGUUGACCUUACCCAGAGUAACCUUGACCUCGCCCAGUCUGACCUUGACCUCGCCCAGUCUGACCUUAACCUCGCCUGCAGUUGACCGUGACCUCAAGGUCGAUUUCAUUUUGUUGUGAGAUGCGUGUGCAAUCGGUAGGCCUAUUGGACGUAUUCGAUGUUGACAAUGAUGAUGAGGACGGCG